AUGUCGGUAUUUGGGAAGCUGUUCGGGGCGGGAGGGGGUAAGGCUGGCAAGGGCGGCCCGACCCCCCAGGAGGCCAUCCAGAGGCUGCGGGACACGGAAGAGAUGCUAAGUAAAAAGCAAGAAUUUCUGGAGAAGAAGAUCGAGCAGGAGCUGACGGCCGCCAAGAAGCACGGCACCAAAAACAAGCGCGCAGCCCUCCAGGCACUGAAGCGCAAGAAGAGGUAUGAAAAGCAGCUGGCACAGAUUGACGGCACAUUAUCAACCAUCGAGUUCCAGCGAGAGGCCCUGGAAAAUGCCAACACCAACACGGAGGUGCUCAAGAACAUGGGCUAUGCUGCCAAGGCUAUGAAAGCUGCACAUGACAACAUGGACAUCGAUAAAGUUGAUGAGUUAAUGCAGGACAUUGCUGACCAGCAAGAACUUGCAGAGGAGAUUUCAACAGCGAUUUCCAAACCUGUAGGAUUUGGAGAAGAGUUUGAUGAGGACGAACUCAUGGCAGAAUUAGAAGAACUAGAACAGGAGGAACUAGACAAGAAUUUGCUGGAAAUCAGUGGACCUGAAGCAGUUCCUCUACCAAAUGUUCCCUCUAUAGCUCUACCAUCAAAGCCCACCAAGAAGAAGGAAGAGGAAGACGACGACAUGAAGGAAUUGGAGACCUGGGCUGGAACCUUAAAUUAA